AUGAAGGUCUUUUCCAGCGAUUGCAAAUUCGAUUAUUCAUGGGAAGAAGUCUCAACUGCAAAUUGGAGAAAAUAUUGUCCAUGGAAUGAAAAAUCAACUCAUGUUAUUGCUGUCGAUACAUUAUCGCGACAUGUAGAUGCUGAGACUGGAAUUCUUCGAACAGAACGUUUAAUAACCUGCAAACAAUCCGCCCCAAAAUGGCUUCAAUCACUCAUGGGAGGCAAAGAUACAUCUCACGUUUUCGAAACCUCAUAUGUUGAUCCGGUUACUAAAAAAGUAACCAUGACAUCUACAAAUCUGACUUUUUCAAACAUCAUCAAUGUACAAGAAACGGUGGUUUAUAAACCUUUAUCGGCAAAUUCAACUCAAUUUGUACAAACGGCUCAGAUAACGGCGUUAUGUGGUGGAUGGCAAAAAGUGAAGAAUGCAGUUGAGGACGCAACGGUUACGGCUUUUUCAGAGAAUGCGAGGAAGGGGAAGGAGGGAUUUGAGGCUGUGUUGGCUAUGAGUAGGAGGGUUUUUAGUGAGGAGAAAAUGAGACAGCAACAGGCGGCUACUGUUGUAUGA